GCUUGUGUUGUGCUGUCAGGGAAUGAAUGUGUAUGGCUAGCCGACUGGUAGCUUUGGCAAUGUUGUCACUAUCAGAAUGAUAUCGCAGCGGGACAUAGGAGAACUGGCUCGGUUUUAUACUGUCACUGAUCCUAAAAAGCACCUGAAAGGCUACACUGUGUACAAAGUCACCGCAAGGAUAAUCUCCAGGAAGAACCCAGAGGAUGUCCAAGAGAUAACAGUAUGGAAGCGAUACAGUGAUUUCCGGAAGCUUCAUCAGAACUUAUGGCAGCUGCACAAGAAUGUGUGUAGCCAGUCGGAGCUGUUUCCUCCCUUUGCCAAGGCCAAAGUCUUUGGUCGUUUUGAUGACUCGGUAGUUGAGGAAAGAAGGCAGUGCUCCGAGGAUCUGCUUCAAUUCUCUGCUAACAUUCCCGCUCUCUAUAGCAGUGAGCACAUCCAAGAUUUCUUCAAGGGAGGCGAGGUUCACGACGGCUCAGAGCUCAUUGGCCCCGCUGAGCCCUUCUCUGACUUCCUGGCAGACAGUUUAUCAGACUGCAGCUCUGACGUUCAGAGAGACAUCAGUGGUGCAGAUGAUCUGACUAUCACAUCUGAAUAUGGAGGCCCGUCCAGUGACAGCGACCUGACCUCCCUGGCUGUGGACUCAGACUCUUUGGCUGGGCUGGACGAUGGCAUGGCCUCAGGUCGCACCUCUCCAAACCAGCCACAAGGGGGAGCCUCCAACAUUAGCAGCAGCUGCAGCCCUCGCUUGCCCUCCCUUCACGACCGCCGCACCCCAUCUCCCUCCCAAGUGCCUGCUUCCUCAGCCCCUAACCCAGAGGUCAGCUGGCCAGGCCGAACGCAUCUUUUCUCCGGCAGUCUGAGGAAAGCCAGAGGUGGGAAACCUAAGGACAAGAAGUUAGACUACCUAGACAGAGCCAGUGAGCUCAUCUGUGUGGCUGUACAGAAGGAGAAGGAGCAGGACUUCCAGGCAGCGUUCUCCUGUUAUCGCAGCGGAGUGGACCUGCUGCUGCAAGGAGUGCAAGGUGAGCCCAGUCCCACGCGGCGCGAGGCAGUGAAGAAGAAGACUGCAGACUAUCUGAUGCGUGCAGAGCAGAUAUCCAGUCAGCAUCUGAGAAGCAACAUGGGUCAGGGGUCAACGCAGACAGUGGCUUUGGGGGUGCAGUGCUGCCCGUCCAGCAGCAGAGGAGGCCAGCCGAGUCCCUCCGAGGAGCUGAGAGCUUACAGGGUGCUGGGGGUCAUAGAUAAGGUUCUUCUGGUCAUGGACAAGAGAACUCAAGAGACAUUCAUCCUGAAAGGCCUGAGGAAGAGCAGUGACUGUGGGCGGACGAAGAGGACAGUCAUGCCUCCCUCUGUGCCACACAUGGUGCAGCUGAAGAAAUUCAUCGUCUCCGAAGACACCGUUUUUCUUCUUCUGCAGUACGCUGAAGGUGGGAAGCUGUGGUCUCACAUCGGAAAGUUCAUGCGUACUACCAGCCCUGACGACAGCUUUGACAUUCCCUACAUCCAGAAGAGCCACACAGCAGCGGUCCACUCUUCCCAGCCGGCCGUCCCACAGCUGGAAGCGGGUUCAGUCGGUUCUGGUUCUGGCCCGGUUGCCGGUUCUCAUCCUGUCUCAGCGCUGCAGAACAAAGAAGAGCCACGCAACGCCUCUCCGAAGAAAAGGCUUCUCCCCCCCCGGCGUGUUGGACAAAUAGGCGUCCAGUCCGACUCCGGAGCCACCUCGGAGGAAGAGUGCACCAACAGUUAUUUGAAUCUUUGUAACGAGUACGAACAAGACAAAGUAGAACCAGAUGCACUGGAGGAGGAGCAAGAGAGGAGCGAACAGGAAAUGCUGUCACUGGAAGUGCCCGUUGCCACCACCACUUCGUCGCGUAGCCGCUCGCUGCUUAGCAACGACAGCCUCUCUUCACCCAUCAGCUCUCAGGAACUCGGCUUUUUCACCGAGUCGUCCGACAAAAGCGGCCACACCCUCGACAUCGAGCAAUAUCGUGGCGAGGGUCAGGACCACGGGGAGGUGUUCAGCCCCUUGCCCUCCCCCGCCGUGCCUCUGUCUCUGGAUCAGUCCAAGCACACGCCCAUGGAGUUCUUCCGUAUCGACAGUAAAGACAGUACGAGCGAGUUGACCUGUCUUGACUCGGGAGAGCACCGCCCCUCUCACAAGCAUUUUUCUACAUCCGAUCUGGGCUUUGAUGUCGCUGAGGAUCUUCCGGAGCUGGCUCAGGAGGUCAAAUGUCACAGCGCUGAGCUCUGGGGGCUGGACUGUAGCGAUAAAGGCUCCAACGAGUCGGUGCCAGUCAUCUCAUUUAAAGAGGCAGUGGUGGAGGACGAGGGCCAACCGCCAGACCUUUUGGUCAACCUGCCUGUAACGGGGGGGAUUGUGGACUCUUCACAUGAAGAAUUCGACACAUCGGGCGUGUGUCUGGGCCUCGAGGUCACAGCGUCUCCUCAGAAGUUCAUACAGCCGGAUGUUUUGCAGCUUCACAGCCAGCCUGAGGAAGAGGAGGAGCAGCAAGAGCUUUCAUCUCUAUGCACAGCGUCUGCUACUUGCGACACCAGUGUUACGUCUUCCUCUCCCUUCAACUCGCUGUGGGAUGACUGCAGCCUGGCGUUCGGACAAGAGGCCUCUGACAAAAUGAUGGUCGAUCCCGCAUGCCAAAAUAACGACCUUCCCUUUGACCUUCCUGUUACAGACUCUCUAAAUGAGAAACUGGAGGCCAGUGCAAGAGUAAAUACAGACCUAAGUGGCACAAGCACAGGCUUUAUCACAGCCACAAAUGGGACUGAGGUUGGGAAUGUAUUAGGUCUUGAUGGGGAUUCAUCAGGAGUUAUUAGUAAUACAGGUGGCAGCGCAUUUGAUAAAGAAGUAUCGCGGCUGUUUGCAGAGCUGGACGAGCUGUCGCUGGCUGCUUCCCAAGCUUCUAUCCCGGAGGAGUUCGUACGAUGCUGGGCGGUGGAGAUGGUGACAGCUCUGGCUUCUCUGCACCGAGAGGGCAUCAUCUGUCGGGACCUCAACCCCAAAAACAUCCUGCUCGACCACCAAGGUCAUAUUCAGCUUACCUACUUUUGCAGCUGGAACGAUGUGGAGGAGUCCUGUGACAAAGAGGCAGUCGCCGAUAUGUACUGUGCACCAGAGGUGGGAGGUAUCAGUGAGGAGACGGCCUCGUGCGAUUGGUGGAGUUUGGGCGCCGUGCUGUUUGAGCUCCUGACAGGCAUGUCCCUGCUGCGCUGCCAUCCCGCAGGAAUCGGCCACCACACGGCUCUCAACAUCCCAGAGUCUGUUUCAGAGGAGGCCAGAUCUCUGCUGGAGAAGUUGCUUCAGUUCAAUCCGAUGGAGAGACUGGGGGCAGGUGUAGGAGGCGUGGAUGAUAUCAAAUCCCACCCUUUCUUUGCCAGAGUGGAAUGGCACAAAUAGACGCUGUGCAUUGUGGGACUGCGUGAACCAGAGCUGGGAAGACUGGCUGUCCUCAAUGAAUCCUUUCAGACUGGACAAACGUAUAGUCAUACAGUAAAUACAAAUCUGGCAUUUCUGCACACUUCUGUUUUAUGGACAUUCAUUAACCAUGUGCUUUUCUUUUCCUGGAAUUUGCCAAUAAGCAGUAUUACCUUCCCUGUAGAUCGCUCGCUUCUUUAUCCCAUAGAGGGUGUAACCUUUUUGUGCAGGGAAUAUGUGUGGUGCAAUAAUUUAUACAGUAAGUGCGGGUACUGAGUGAUGAUCCUCUACGACAUUGUUGCUUUUACACUCCUCAUACAGUAGCUAAGCCAAAAUGACACAAGUGAGAAGUGACUACUUUGCGCUUUCAAACAGACAUAACAUUAAUUUAGCUUCCCUAAAAAACACAUAUGCAAUACAGUUCGUUGCCACCUAAUAUAACACUUUUAUAAUUUCUCACAUAGCCAACUGAGAUUUGCUGUGAGUGAGACGGGUUGAUCUUUAUAUUUGAUGAGGAUAAAAUGUAAGAUCUUUUUUUUCAACCUGGUUUACAGCCAUGCAGCCCAUUUACAGUAACACAGAUACACACUAUACAAGGUCAAUGAACACAAUGUUUUGAGGUAGGCCUUAGUUUUGUUGUUAGGUGAAGUAUUUAGAUAAAUGAAGAUUUAAUUAUUUAAUAGAUUAUAGCUGGGAAAAGGUGCAGUUUACAGACAUCGUGAGCCUUCUCCCUCCAUAGACGGGUCCCUUGAUGGGAAUGAGAACAAAUAAGGAGGGCUUGAACCACGUAUUUUAAACCAGACCUUUUACAGAUUGUUUUUAAGAAUUAAAGAGGAAACUCUGUACUGUACAACAAUGCUUUUUUUUGCAUGGAAGAAUAUGAUUUAUGUAAUAUAUUUACACUAUGGAAAAAGAUCUAUUGAACAAUAAAUAACGUGUGUUUUGUAAAUACACCUUUUUUUAAUGAUGUUGUGUUGAUUGCAAGGUACUCCCAGGCCUUGAUUAUGUCCAACCUGUCAAUCAUUUCCUGCCUCUUCAAUCAAAUCACCAUUUUUUUUUGUAUUGAUUUAUGUUUGUACACUGCAUCUACUUACUUGCCGCACAGAUUUGAAUGCUGAUUUUGUAAUUUGUAAUCUGUUAUUACUGAGUAAUGUGGUUAACAUCGCCAUGGUUACAUUACAUGCCAUAUACCACUUCUUAUGUAAUCCGAUGAGAAUUAUUGGAGCAUAUACGAAACGCAUUGUAAUACAUUUAUCUAACAAUACACAGUUAAUCACUCCACUGUAGAUGCUGCACUAAAUUAACUGACAGACAAUGUCAAUGACCUGGUCCAUAUUCUACCUAUUAACCCUUUUUAUCAGACAUUAAAACCGCAGUGAGAUCCGAUUUUCAGUUUUCUAUGCUCUAUUCUUGUCUGUGCUGUAUGUCUCUACGGGUCUGUCAGUGCACUCUGGAUAACAAUAAACACACCUGGAUGAGAA